AAUAUCAAUUUGUAAAUCAAUCAUAUUUUAUAGAAAACAAAAUGGCCUGAAAUCAGACUGAGACUGUUGCUUUAAAGCACUUCAGAAGAUUAUCAAUCAUUAACUCAGCUUUUCAUCCACCUUAACUUUCGACCCACUGAGGAGCCAAUAAGACUGAUUGUGUCGGUAGCAACUGGUUUAGAGUUUCAGGCCCAGGUCUUCCACACAAGUCACCAUGAGCAGCAGCUGUCACCGCUAUUCACAUCAAACGGAUAAGCUCCAACACUAAACAAUACUUGACAAAAAAGCUGGACUAAGGAAAACAAGGAAAAGAUCAGUGGCUGUUACCGUGUUACGAUUCUCAUGAAUCAUGUAUGAAACACAGCAGUAUGACAGCCCACCUCAGUACAGUCCACACUACAUUGCCCCAUCAAAUAUGUACACACCCAGAAGUGUCUAUUCUCAAAGGAGCGAGUUUGGCUUAUUCUCGUCAGUGCCUGAUGCUCCUCAAACGGAGGGAAACCCUCAGCACUUCUACAGAUGGUUCUCUCCACCUGGCAUCGUGAAAACUAUGGAGGGACUGACAGCUCUGCUCUGUUUUGUUAUUUUUGCCUGUGUUGCUUCCACUCUAGUUUGGGAUAUGCAUGGCUACGAGGGCAGUAUCGGGGCCUAUGUUGCUGGAUCUGGGGGCUAUGGCAUGGGGUCUGGGUAUUAUGGAGGAACAUAUGGCUAUCAAAGCUCUUACAUGACACCCUACUCGGCAAAGUCAGCCAUGAUCUCAAUGGCAGCCCUUAAUUUUGUAAUAUCUUUGGCCAUCUUAGUGGUUAGUUUCUCAAAGUUAUGGUGUGUGCGUGGAAAAACGUUUUACCUGACGGUUUUUGUGGUGGACGUGGUUCUGGCGAUUCUUCAGUGUAUUAUAGACAUCAUAUUCGUCAUCGGGGUGAAUCCCAUGGCCCAGAGUUCACAAAGUAUCUUGUACAACCCGAUCCUGAUGAUGUGUCAGACCUCAUUAGGGAAUCCCAGCAUCAGCGCUGGAGUCGGCACAGGCUUCCCGGGUGCAUAUCCAUCCUUUAAUCGAUAUCUCUAUCACUACUGCUUCAUGGAUCCUGAGGAGGCUGUGGCUCUGGUUUGUGGGCUGUUUGUCAUGAUUGCUCUGGCUGUUGCAGCCUAUUUUGCCUAUAAGACUCGAAGCAAAAUAUGGCAUCAUGGCAAACCUAAUAUCUACUGGGAGGAACCGCCUAUCCUCAAAACAGACAGGAGCCACAAUUCACAAGACUGGCGAAACACUCAAUACACCCCCACUGUGGUUUUAUCAGAGGCUUCCCCUCACCUGAAAGCAGAGAACAGCUUCACCUCCUACACUGAGGGAACAGUGAGCGUCUACAGCGAGGCUGCAUACAAAAGCAACGUGUAUUCUGAGAACGUGAACAGCUGCUCCUCGGAGCCGUUGUACCAGAAUCGGUGGAUGAGCUCCAGCCCUGUGGAGGAGGUUGAGGUGCAAAGCAGCUCAGUGCAAGAGAAACCGGAAACCUACGAGGUUGAGGAUGUUCUCUGCGAGACAGGCUAUACCACUGGUGGAGAUUCAGCCACUGAAUUACACACAUAUGAGAUGGAGGACUCUUAUUCAGAAAUUUCAACAGAUGAACAGCGCAGACAGUACAAGAAACAGUUUGAUGUCACCCUCGCUGUUUACAAGAACCUUUGUGCAGAAAUGGAUGAUAUCAGUGAUCAAAUGAGUAAACUGAGCCAAGAGCUAGACACCCUCCAUGAGGAGUCCACCAAGUUCCAGGCUGUAGCUGAUGAAUAUAAUCGACUAAAGGAUCUAAAGCGGUCUCCAGAAUACCAGGCCAAGAAGCUCCGGUGUAAGAAAUUAAGGCAUGAACUGUGUCAAAUCAAGCAACUAGUGAAAACUUAUGACAGAGGCUUUACAAGGAGAGAGAAGACUAAUGUUUCUGAUCCUCAGGAUUUCUUUGUUUGAAACUGUACACAUGUAUGCACGACACGUCCAAUGUAUACAUUACUGUCGGUAUAUGAGCUUUUAUAAGCUUGCAAGUUGCAAGAGGUAUUGUAAAUAUUCUCAAUGUUCCUCAAAAAUCUUUGCAAUUUGAAUAUAAAAACUUCGAUAGGAAACAUUUCCUUUGUAAUUUGAUAGGCAACAGGCAAAACAAGUACACAACUCAAUGUAUGAUAAUUUUGUUUAAUCAAGCUGUCAUACACCAGUAUUUAAAAAGACAAAGAUAUUAAAAUGAAAACUGUACAUGUUGCCGUUUUGAUGCGUUUAUGUAUAUUAGACCACCUGAUAUGUUUCAAGGCCUAAAUAUGAGGUAAUAUUAGUCAUUCAGAUGUAUGAGAAGGCUAGAAAACGUACAUCUCACAACUAUAGCCAAAACAACAUGCUGUCACCGGUGAAACGCCA